GCAAUGCCCGCCUUCCGCCCCUCGCCCGCCGCUCUGCGGGGCUUGCGCCGCUGCUACUCGACCUCGCCAGCUACGCCGCCCACUUCGCCCUUUGCGCCCCGACAUCUGCUCUCCAUAGCAGACCUGACCCCGGCCGAGCUCACUACCCUCGUCCACAAUGCACACAAGCACAAGACGGCCAUCAAGCAGACAGGAGAGGUCCCCCAGUCGAUGCGCGGCGCGCUGGCGGGCAAGACGGUUGCCAUGACCUUCAGCAAGCGCAGCACGCGCACCAGGAUAUCGACUGAAGGCGCCAUCGCCGCCUUUGGCGGCUCUCCCAUGUUUCUUGGAAAAGACGACAUCCAGCUGGGUGUUAACGAGUCCCUGUACGACACCUCGCUUGUCCUCUCCAGCAUGACGGCCGCCAUCGUUGCCCGUGUAGGCCGCCAUGCCCAUGUCGCCGACCUCGCAAAGCACUCGAGCGUGCCCGUCAUCAAUGCUCUCUGUGACCUGUACCACCCUCUGCAAAUCAUCGCCGAUAUGCUCACCAUUUCCGAAAUCUACCCCUCCACCUCGGCCACUUCGCUUGGUCUCGAAGGACUCAAGAUUGCUUGGAUAGGCGAUGCGAACAACGUCUUGUUUGACCUGUCAAUUGGCGCCACAAAGCUAGGCAUCGACAUGGCUGUCGCAACGCCAAAAGGCUACGAGAUCCCCCAGUCCAUGCGCGACGUCAUCUCCCACGCUGCCCAGACAUCUCCUCGAGCAGGAAAGCUCUUCGAGACCAACACACCCGAGGAGGCCAUCAAGGACGCAGACAUUCUCGUCACAGACACAUGGGUAUCCAUGGGCCAGGAAGAAGAAACCGCCAAACGUCUCAAGGCUUUCGAGGGCUUCCAGAUCACAUCAGACUUGGCCAAACGGGGCGGCGCAAAGGAAAACUGGAGCUUCAUGCACUGCUUGCCCCGCCAUCCCGAGGAGGUUGCUGACGAAGUGUUUUACGGACCGAGGAGCGUCGUCUUCAAAGAGGCGGAAAACAGGCUGUGGAGUGCCAUCAGUGCGCUCGAGGCCUUUGUUGUGAACAAGGGAAAGAUCCAAUGACUAGAUCCUUGGUUUGAGUAAUCGGAAGCACCAAAAUACCGCGGGGCGUGGCCAAAAACGAAAAAGUUAUGAAUUGACGAAUCUCAAAAGUUACAUCUACGC